CUAAACCAGCCAAAUUAAAUGCCAUAGUAUUGAACUUGAACCAAAAUUCAUCUCCCAAACAUGGAUGCUUCCCAUUCCACCACCCUCCUCUGCUUCACUCUCUUCCUGUUCCUCCCUUCUUCUCAACCCGUUUCCGAUUCCAGCACAUUAGUGUACAAAUCAUGUGCAAGCCAAACCUUCCACAAUCCACAAUCUCAAUAUUACUCUCAAACACUCAACUCCCUGUUCCAACAACUAAUCGCACAAUCCUCCCAAUACAAAUUCUUCAAAACCAAUGAAGCUAUCAACGAUGAAACAGCCAUCAUCUCAGGUCUUUUCCAAUGCAGAGACGACAUGACCAGACAAGAUUGUUUCAGCUGCGUAAACUCACUCCCUCACAUAUCAAACACCUUGUGCGAAAACUCCAUACAAGCAAGAAUUCAACUUGACGGUUGCUACAUUCAAUAUGAAACAGAGGAAGUAGUUCCAACAGGGGAAACUGAAACUGAACCAUCUAAAAUCAGCAGUAGCAAUCUUCUGCUUCACAAGGAGUGUGGGGAGCCCAUUGAGGGGUUAAAAGAGUUGAUGGAUGAAGCGUUUGUGAUCCUGGAGACUGGGAUUCUGAAAAGUGAUGAAUACUACUACACAACGAGUUAUGGAUCAGUGAAAUUGAUGGGGCAGUGUGAAGGUGAUUCAGGAAAUUGUGAGUGUAGUGAAUGCGUGAGCGAUGCAGUGCAUGUUGCUAAGGAAGAAUGCAGUGGUUCGAUCUCGGCGCAGAUAUAUCUUGGCAAGUGUUUUAUCAGCUAUGAAUACCAUCCAGGAUCAGAUGACUUUCCUCGCAACCCUCUCCCAGGGGCAAGCAGAAACAACAACACUGAAAGGUUAGCAGCUAUAGUUGUUGGAGGGGGUGCAGCUUUGUUUCUGGGCCUUAUUUUGUUCUCGCUGCUUAACUCUCGACUUAAAAAAGAUGAUUACGAGUAGAGGUUUCAUGUGAUUAAUAAGAUAUGUUUGUGUAUACCUCUGUAAGAUAAUCUUCUCUACUUAAUUUGUUUGCUAGUAAUAGAGUAUGUCUAACAUCCUCUUUUAACAAAUUUUAUUUGUAGUGAUUUGUACCUUGAAAAGUUACAUGUUUGUUUUCAUGUUAAUUAGCAUUUCAAGUCAUUUUUUACUUUUCGAAUCUCCUUUAUAACACAAUUAACACGAAUUGAGAUAAUUAAUACCGCAAUCAGAGUCGUGACGAGAUGAUGAAAAAAAUCAAAAUCAAAAUAAUAAAUAAUAAUUAAUAUAGAAUGUAGAGUAUGGUAUGAAGUUGAUUGUCACCAAUUUAUUUAGGAAAAUUAAAACCCUAAAAAAUAAUAAAAUUGAUCUUAACCCAGUGAUCAAAAUUUGAGAGUCAUUUCUGGGUAAGGAGCUUCCUCCUAAUCUUCGCUAAACCCUUAUGUAUUGGCCUUUGGCCAAAGAAAUACACACAUUUUAUGGGCACAUGAUCAGGUACAUACUAAACAAUGACAUUAUUUUUGGUAAA